GCUGGAGAAAAAACGUCCACUUUGCCGACAUCUCACCGGCAGCGAACGCCUCUUCUCUCUGACCAUUUGGACGUACAUGGAGACCCCCACUUGGCCAGAAACCAAGCCAGGAAGUGGUCUGUGCAAACCAGGAACCAUUGCUUUGUUUGGUAACGUGGUGUACAGCGAUCUACUCAACGAGCACUUGUGGCACUUUGGGCUUCCCGUCAUCACCAGACUGGGUAACCAAGAGGCCCCGGCUCCCCCUGAAGCUAUGGCUCAACCUUUCCCACAAGCCCAGUAUCCACCUCCUUCACAGAACGGGAUUCCUGCUGAGUAUGCUACACCCCACACCCACCCACCGGCUGACUACACGGGAACAAGCACAGUGGGCGAGCAUACCCUAACACUAUACACGGCGACACACACACAGAGUGAGCAGCCAGGAAACGACAGCAGCACUCCAGCUCUUACUACUAACACAGUAUCGCAUCCAGAGGACGUGGCACAGACCGAGGGUUCGCAGCAGCUCCACCUGCAGCCCAGCGAUUCAUUAGAGAAGCAGCAACCCAAGAGGUUACACGUCUCUAACAUCCCUUUCCGCUUCCGGGACCCUGACCUCCGGCAAAUGUUUGGGCAAUUUGGAAAGAUUUUAGACGUGGAGAUUAUUUUUAAUGAACGAGGCUCCAAGGGUUUUGGGUUUGUAACAUUUGAAACCAGUGCAGAUGCUGACCAUGCACGGGAGAAACUAAAUGGUACAAUCGUAGAGGGACGAAAAAUAGAGGUGAACAAUGCCACCGCCAGAGUAAUGACGAACAAAAAGAUGGCUAACCCUUACACAAACGGCUGGAAGCUGAAUCCAAUGGUUGGAGCCGUAUAUGGUCCUGAAUUUUAUGCAGUGGCAGGUUUUCCAUACCCCAGUGCAGGAGCAGCUGUUGCCUAUAGAGGGGCUCAUUUGAGAGGCAGGGGCCGUGCCAUCUACAACACGUUCCGUGCUGCACCUCCACCUCCACCUAUCCCCACCUAUGGAACUGUGGUCUACCAGGAUGGAUUUUAUGGGGCAGAAAUAUAUGGAGGAUAUGCAGCCUACAGAUAUGCACAGCCAGCUGGUACUGCUGCAGCUGCUUAUAGUGACAGUUACGGCAGAGUCUAUGCAACCGCAGACCCCUAUCACCACACCAUUGGUCCUGCAGCCACAUACAGUGUGGGCACUAUGUAAAUAAACGAAACAGUGAGUACAGAUGGACACCUGCUAAAAAAAAAGAGAGAAGAUCACCGUGGACACAGAAGGACACUAACAGAGAUCAACUAAAAGAAAAAAAUGGCCUUCUGUCAAGAAUUAAGGGGAUGGACAAAGGGCCUGCUUUGUAAGGCCGGACCUGGACCGCUGAGUCUGUAGCCUGGGAGCAGAGAGGAGCCGACCAGCUCCAACUCCUGAAAAACAAGCCUUGCUGAGUGUUAGAGACCAAAUAGGAAGGUCACGAUAAAACAUUUUUAUUUUUGUAAACUUUUUUAAGUUUAUGGUUUCUGAAAAGAUCAAACAUCACUCUGUGUAUAUACAUAUUAUAUACCAUAUGUGUGUAUUAUGUAAGUAUGUUUAAAAAAAGAAACUGUGUGCAGUUCAAAGAGGAGAUGAGGAGACGCCAGUUCCCCGUGACUUUUGAAGGUCAGCCACCAUGCCCCACAUGCCUUCUGCUGGGUGUGUGUUAAGGUGUGUGGGGCAACUGGUCCAGCAGGCCUGUCACUACAUAAUGAGAUUACAGCUUUUUGAACCUGUCUUCCACUAAUAACGUCUGUAUCGGUCAGAAAAUCUGCCUUUUAAAUCCAAAAAUACACACAGAUAAGAAAAAGGGUUAGGGUUUCCUCUACAAGCUCGACUCAAGUUCCAGCGAGGUGGGACAUUAAUGACAGGCUGCCUGAUGUCACCACAGUCUGGUGGUUUUACUGUGCCGUGGAGUAAAAACUGCUCUUGUGCAUUGUGUUGGCACAGGCAGGGUAGGGCUGGGAACAGAGAGUGGGUAAAAAAUGAAAAGUGGAAAUGAUGAUGUGCUUCAACACAGCCUUCAGCUUCCACCACUCAAAAGGACUAAGAGAGGGGUUAAAGUGAAAAGUCACACAGUGACAGCAAGUCUGUGUAAACUCUUCUGUUUCUAUGGAUUCCUGCUGACAUCCUUCUGUAUUUACGCAUUGUACUAAAAACACAGCCAUGGUGCAGAGUCAGCUGUUGUCAUCUACUAUUGUUGUAGUCAUUGUACUGGCAGUAAGAAGAAAGUAUUUAUAUAUAAAUAUAGUCAUUUGUGAUCUCCACCUCCUGGACAUACGUUUGAUUUUUCAGCUUUGACGCAGGACGUGGUGUAAGUGUGAUGAUGUGUCGUUCUUUCAUGUUUCUCUUUUGUUCAGCUACUGAAUGUAACUUAAACUUUUUAGGCAGAUGGUGUUUUUUAUGUGCUUCAAAAGAACAAACAGUAUUCUGUAUAUUUAUUACACGUGUAAAUGAUAUAGUAACAUGUUUCUGAUAAUAUGCUGGACCUCCUCCUCACGAUCACGUCAUGUCCCAAAGGUGAACAGACAUGUCCUGCUGAAACGUGAAGUACUACAGAGAGUUUUAGUUGUUUGGUUUGUCUUUGUGUAGCUGAGUCGUAGUGUCAUCGUGGUGCUGAGGGUAAUGCUGUGGUGAGGAACAGGACAACAAAGAAACACGAGACCAGUCUGAGGUGGGGAAACUUUUAGCAGUGCGUCCUGUUGGAAAUGGAGACGCUCUGCUGCAGGACGCUCACAUGCACUUGUUUGAUUUGUGGGUCGUAGCAUGUUUUACCACAUUUAUGGAUAUGACGACACUGAAACCUUUACAUCUUUAUUUUAAUUCAGAGGAGGAUUUGAGUCUCACUGCACUCUUACUUUAAUGCAUAGCACUUGGUAAUGUAGGUAACAUGGUCUAUAAGACUAAGUGAUCCCAUGGACAGUACUCAUUUACAUCAGUUAAUAAAGUGAUGGAGGUGGAAACAACUGAAAGGCCACAGUAAUCGAACUCGGUGUGACAGAACGAAGGCAACCCAAGCUCAUGCUGAGUGUGAACGAAUGGCUCUUUGUCUUUUGUCCUUUUUGGACCAAUUCUGUCUUUUUAAGCUGAUCACUCGCUGGCCUUGGAGUGCCUUUAGUGCUGUGACUCCGUUCUUAUGACCGUGGUGAUAUCAUGUCUCCAUCAUGUUGAUGACUGUCCCGGAGACCCAGAUUUUACUUCCUCUCCUGUUUUUCUGGUGUUUCAGUGAGGCAGAUGUUUGUGUGACAGGAUGCACUGUUACACUGUUAGUGCUGCAUUUCUUUCUCCUUCACGCAGUGAAAGACUGGUUGUCCGUACUGUUCUCUACAUGAAUGUCUAAAAACUCUUUCAAAGACUAAAUGAGCAUCUGUGAAUGUGUCUACAGACAGAUUUUUUAACGAUGCCUCUACCACACCCUCAGCGUGCCACUGCUGAGUUGUUCAUCUGGGAAAAAGCUUCUGCAGUGGGAUCAGGCAGCUGGACAUGAACUGGGACUUAACAAAAAAUAUUCUAACGAUGUCAAUCUUAGCAGAGAUCAGGUUUCCUCCGAUCGCUGCUGUGUUAUUCUAAUUGUAAUUUAUUUUUGUUCUUUUUUUCCUUGUUGUUCUUUCUCUUGGCUUGUUUACAUGUACUGUAUAUGAUGUUCAUCUGUUGCUGGUUGGAGAGAUUAUCUAAAGGUCUGAAGUAGCUUUUAACUCUAGCUGUGGUAUUCCCCUGUGGCAUGGCCUUUUACCCUGGUCCUUCCCUUCCCCAAUCAGAAAAUGUGAUGUUUGCAUUAAGUACACGUACUCAGCAACGAGAUAUAAAAAUCCUCGGGCUUCCUACCAAAACUACUCCCAUUUGUUUCUAUUGUGUAUACCUCAGAUACGAGCCCUAAAGCAGCUAUUACUCUUAAAGCUCCUGGCAACCAGACCUCAUUUACCUCCUCUCCCCCUCUUCCACACUUGAGCCCAACAUCCACCCAUAAGCCAAAACCACACCUACCUCCCCCGUUAACCCACUGACCUCCACCCUAAAGUCACAGAAUACUUGCUGCAAAGACACGUUCUGACAGGUUUAAACUGAAGGACACUACAUAAGCCCCGAUCCUGCAUACAGUUGGUCUGUGGGUGUUUCACCAGUACUGGGAUUUGACAACAUUUUAUUUAGAUAUCUCAUUUUUAUCUCCCUACAAGGAGUUAUCAAAUCUUAUAGACAGAUAGAACUUUAUCAAUCCCCCGGGUAGGUUCCUCCAGGAAAUUCAGUCAUCAUCAUUAUUAUUAUUAUGAAUAUUAUUAUUGAGAGUUGUCUUUUAAAUACCUCAGUGAGGUUAAGUUAUAUUGUGAUUCAUCUCUGUCCUUAAUUACUUUAACGCCCACAUUAUCCAAAUAAUAAUAAAAGAUGUCUCUUAUUUGUUUCACACAACAUCAGGCUCAGUGAGCACAAAUCCAAGAACUAUGCACAAAACAAAAGCUGGAAGAUAUUUUAGAGUACGUACAUGUAUAUAACUUAACCCAUGCAAGUGAAAACGUGAAGUCCUUACUGGAGUCCUUUGAGCAGCCCACUAACUUAGCCUGGAGUGUUGUUGUAAAUGUAUAGAAAUUAUACUGUGAUCUGCAAUAUUUACUCUUUACAUAACCUUUACAGUAUUUCCAACAAGUGUUCUUUCUUGAGUAGGCUACCAAACUGUUUCCAAUUCAGAAAACACAUGAACAACAAUUUAAAGUUGUCAUUAGCAGCAGAACCAACUGUUAAUUGGAAUAACAAUGUUAUUGCUAUAGAAGAUCGAUAUUAUUGGCAUUUAGAUUUGUUACCCAUAUGCCUCACUUUAACUAUGCACUUCUUUCUAAAUCUGUUUAUGAAAUAAUUUGGGACAAUGGAAGCCAGAUCUAGGGCACCUGCUAAAAUGGCACAGGAGAUAACGGUAGAUUCUCAGCCUCGAGUCUCUGCUGUCACUGUCUUCUCUACACCAUUUCUUCCAUUUUAUUAAAAAACAACAUCAAAUAAAACAUAAUAAAGAAUUUCUAACUGCUCUCGAGUGGAUAAGCUCGUGAUUUUUCCCCAGUGUUCUCCUCUGCUCGCCAAACACACAAACCCCUCAUAAUUGUUACAUGUGUGCAUGAAACAAUACUCAAACUAAUCAUUUCAAAAAUGUUGCUGAUUUCACCUGUCAGUAAAAAAAGGGGUGUUUUACAGUACGGCAGAAAACUGAAAACGAUUUGGCCUUGACGGUUGGUUUUCAGUCAGGAUAAAUGCAGACGCUAGUUCAUUUCUAGUAUGUCUGAAGUUUUAUUCAAAAUAAUAUAAAUUUCAAACGUAUGCACACACGUCAGAAAUGCAAACAAAAGACUGUCCUGAAUGAAUUUGUAUCCGGUGAUAUGAUCUGUUUCUCUUCAGCAGUUUUGACUUAAAUGAUCUGGUUGCCUUUGAACGUUUUUCACUCCUGAAUGCCAACAGCCUCCCGGUCCUAUGCAGAUCCCAAAGCACAAAGGUUUGACUGGUGACUAUGGAGUAAAAUUUGAAGAAAAAAAGACCUAACUUACAUGUUUGCAUUUUUUUAGUCUGCUUUUAUUUAUGUGUUUGAGGCUCCAGUGUUUUCUUCUACUCUUUAUGUAUCAGUUAUUCUUUAUGUCAAGAGCAAAAACCUGUAUUAAUGUGUACAAAGAGACUUUUAAUGUGAGACUGAACCUGUGCAAGUGACACUGUAGAAGUACACGUCUGUCUGUGUACUUCUACAGUGUGUGUGUGUGUGUGUGUGUGUGUGUGUGUGUGUGUGUGUGUGUGUGUGUGUGUGUGUGUGUGUGUGUUGGAUGGUAUUUCUUUAACUGGUUGAUUUAUGUGUGCUUUUAAUGUGCUUCAAAGAAACAAUACUAUUUAUUAUAAUAUUCGUACAUUAUUAUCACAGUUAUUAUUACAGUUAUUACUAACAUGAUUAUUAAUAAACAUUUCUUU